ACCAACCAGAGACUUUUAUCGUCCAUUGUUGCCUGCGAGGAAGGGAGAAAUAAAGAGGGAUUUGAGCUUGUAGGACGGAUAUUAUGUCGUCUCCAUCGCCUGGGAAGAGACGAAUAGACACUGAUGUCAUCAAACUGAUCGAAAGUAAGCACGAAGUGACAAUACUUGGUGGAUUGAACGAGUUCAUUGUGAAGUUCUUUGGUCCAAGUGGAUCACAUUAUGAAGGAGGCGUGUGGAAAGUUAGAGUUGAUUUGCCAGAAAAAUACCCUUUCAAAUCCCCCUCAAUAGGUUUCAUUAACAAGAUCUUUCAUCCAAACAUAGAUGAAGCAUCUGGUACAGUAUGCCUAGAUGUAAUUAACCAAGCUUGGACUGCUCUUUACGAUUUGUCAAAUAUCUUUGAAUCCUUUCUUCCUCAACUUCUGUCAUAUCCUAACCCUGUGGAUCCUUUGAAUGGAGAUGCUGCUGCUCUCUACCUACACAAACCUGAACAAUACAAAGCAAAAAUUCAAGAAUAUAUCAAAAAGUAUGCUACCGAAGAAGCGCUUAAAGAUCAGGAGGAAAUGUCUUCAUCAAGUGAAAGCUCCAUAAGUGACUUUUCAGAAGAUGAAGCUCAGGACAUGGAGCUCUGACAUAAGAAAAUAUGAUAAUUUUUUUGUAUUCUAGGUGCUGACAGAUAUACAUAUAUUGUAGUAAUGAUCAUUUGGUUCAAGUUUUGGUAUCUUCUAGUUAAGGAAUUUCUUUCCUUUUAAGAUUCUUUCAUUUGAUUUUUAGAGCAGAAAUACAAAGGCUUUCUCCCUAUCUUGUAAUUAUUUUUUUAUAUUAUUUCUUGAACUUUUUGUUCUAGUGAAGCUUGUGGAAAUUUUUCACACUUCCUGCAUUUUCAGUCAGUGGAGAUGCCAAAACUUGACCAAAAUUAAUAAUGAUAACAUUGUAUAAAUAUUAAACGGUCUGUAACAAUGUAAAUUUGUGCCUUAAUUUAAAAUUUCAAAACUCGGAAAUGGUUGCCUUGACGAGAAAAAGAUCUUAAGUCUCUCUUUUCAUUGUAAUUUCUUCAUUUAUUUAUUCUGAAAGCAUUUAUGUUCAUAGUAAUUAACACUUAUAUUUCGUUAUCAGUCUCUUUAUCUUGGGUAAGACACGUUUUCUAAAAUGUAAAUCUUAAAUCUUUGAAAAAACAUUUAAGGUUUUUUGAGGACAAUUUUUUUGGUGGUAGGGCAACUUCACUCACCUAAUUAUUAAUUCUGUGUUGGUACUAAAUUGUUGUAUUUAAAAAAAAAACAACCUAUUUUACUUUAAAUAGCAAGUUAUGACUUAAUCAGUUUUGAAACAAAAAAUCUGUUUUGAAAAUUUAACUUAAAAUUUAACCUGAAUUGCUACUGCAUUAAUCUCAAAUUUUUAUUAAAGUACAAGGGUUUUUUUGUUUAGUUUAAAAGAUAUUUUUAGCCAAAACAAUUCGGUGGGUCUGGGCAGCCGUGUCUGAACACUAUUCUUAUAUAACAAUAUGGGGAAAAUCUAGAUAAAGGACAUCUGCAGUGCAUGACAGUAAUAUUCGCCCCAUUUUGUUUGGGAAAAUAUUGUAUUAUAUUUGUAAAUAGAGUUUUGGGGACUCAUCAGUUCUCUGUAGGCAAUGUAGUUCACUGGAUUGCUGAUACAAAGUGAAUUAUUACAGAGCAAUUUUCAGUUAAGUGUCAAAAGGAAUAUAGAAUUGAUUCAGUUUGGUUUUCUUUCACUGUGCGAUUGACGUAGGAAACUUACGUUAUUCCCUCGACCAAUCAAAUGAAGAAUUGAUACCAACCGCGCCACUUUCACUUGCGUUUUCCCGCACGGAGUUGUGAUUGGCUCGUUGCUUUUUUCCGUUUUUGAUUGGCUGCUGUGACCGUUGUGAUGACGUUGGUUCUGGUUUUACGACACUUAAUCGGAAAGCGCUCUUUUGCUAAUUACUGCGCAAUUAUCUAGGUAGAGGUGGUAGUGUGAGUUUUAACCACGUGUUAAAUAUGUAGGAAUUGUACGAUACGAUCUAAAAUCUAAGAAUUUUGAUUAUUCUUGGUUCCACAGCAGCAUACUGAUUUUGAUUAAUAUAAUUAAACACUUGAAUAUCUAUAAGAUGGCUUUGCCGAAGGGGAAAUUCUCACUGUUGCUGCACCUAAUUGAUGGACGAAGAACAGCGGCGCUUCGGCCUUUUCAAUGAUGUGUACUUUUUCGAUUCGUUGUCCGCCAUUUUGAAAAUCUAAUAGCGGGUGUUGAGGCGCGAGGAGAGCGAGACGCCUACCUCGCUUUGUGCAGCCGUUUUUUGAGCGAUAUCACUGCUGUAAGGGUUUAGAUGUAUCAUCGUGUGCUUGCUUGCUUUAAUAAAGGAGAGGAAAGUGUUGUGUAG